AUGAACUCUUUCAUCGUCGCCGCCGCCGUCCUCGUCGCCGUUCUGUCGGUAGCCUCUGCCAACUAUUAUGACGAGGAUGAUGGCUUCAUUAUCGGAGGAGGGGGUGCCUACGUUGGCGGUGGUUAUAUGACUGGAGGAUACCCCAUCGUAAAGGGAUCAGGUCUGCCCUGCAAGAAGCACUUUGGUGGAUACGUAAAGGGCGGAGUGAUUAGUCACGGUUAUCCAACAGUCUACACCACCGGAAGUCACUACGCAGGUUCCCAGAUGUACGGCGCCGGCCAGUACGGCGGUGGUCAUUACGCUGGUUCCCAGAUGUACGAUGCUGGUCAUUACGGAGGUUCCCAAAUGUACGGUGCUGGUCAGUACGGAGGUUCUCAAAUGUACGGAGCUGGACAGUACAGCUCUGGAGUUGGACACUACGCUGGUGGACAACAGAUGUACAGUGGUGGACAGCAGUAUUAUCCCGGUCAAACUGUCUACUAA